AGUGCUUACUACCGAGGAGCUGUGGGAGCGUUGCUCGUCUAUGACGUUACCCGGCUGGCUACUUUCGAGAACGUUGAGAGAUGGCUCAAGGAGCUCAAGGACCACACCGAUUCCAACAUCGUCGUCAUGCUCGUUGGCAACAAGUCCGAUCUCCGCCACCUCCGCUGCGUUUCCACCGAAGAUGGCCAGGCUUACUCCGAGAAGGAAGGCCUGUACUUCAUGGAGACCUCGGCACUCGAGUCCGUCAAUGUGGAGAACUCGUUCAAGCAGAUACUCACGCAGAUCUACCGCGUCGUGAGUAAGAAAGCUCUGGAUGUUGGUGAGGAUCCAUCGGCUGUUCCCGGCAAGGGCCAGACGAUCAACGUGAGCAAAGACGACGUGACUGCAACCAAGAAGGUCGGCUGCUGUCCUGAAUGACGUCCUCUCCAGCAAAAGCUUGAAGAUUAUUUCUCUUGUUUGUUUGUGGAGCCGAGAAAAUCUGGAAUGCAGUGCUGCGUGUAUGUCAUAAGAUUCACGACACGUGGAAUGCCAAGUCAUCCACUGGUCGCGCAUUGCUCUUUUCAUCCCUCGCGCGUUGGCAAGGGAUGAGAGAAUUGUCAAUGCCAGGCACACUCACCCUCCAGGCCGGCCACUGAAUGAAUGAAGGAUGUGUUUGCGUCAUUCUCCUGGUACUCGUAUGCGUCACGACUUCAUCAGCAAAGCAGGGUGGUAGCAGCAGCGCGUUGCUAGAGUCUGUGAAGUCGAUCGUCGUCAAAGCAAGAGGAGGAAAAGGAGGAGAAGGAUGUUUGGAUUGUCCCGAUUACAACAGGCUAGUGGAAGCGGAACUGAGUGUAGAGGAUGGCCAAGAUCAGUCCAACAGGAACAGGAAGCGAGACAUACGUCUGGCAAUCAUCCUUGGUAGUUUCUCGGCCUUCAUCGCUCUGCUCAUCUGUGGACCACUUUGCUGCAUUUGCUAUGGUGCCAAGCGGAUCAGAGACAUGCGCUCCAAGGCAGCUGCCACGCACAGUCUCAUGUUUGCCGAGCAGUGGCGUGCCUACAACUUGUUCAUGCCUUUCAACGAGGAAGAGGAGCUCGGACAGCACGCGCUCUCGUGGUCGGCUUGGCAGUUCGUGUACAGGGGCAUUCCAGACGAGCUCAACGGCUUAAGCACAGCGAUCUUUCAGUCGAUUCCACCGGUUUCGGGUUGUUUGAGGAGCACCACCGGCCAGCCUUUGCAGCAAAUUCGGUUGAAUCCAGGAUGUGCUCGUCUCCGACGUUGUCAGUCUCUCCAGUGCCUCCUUCCACUCUCUCCGAGUGCUCAUCCGCCAAACUGUCUUCCCAACGUCAACUAUUUCGAGAUGACAAUCCUUAGCUUCUCUCGCAAUGGAAAAAACGGAAGGAGCUCGGGCUCUAUCAGCGGACGUGUUGGUAUCGGCCUGGCAGCGAGACCAGCACCUCCGUUCCGUCUCCCAGGCCUCGACUUGGUCUCUCUCGGCUACCACUCCAAUGGCAGCGUCUACAUCAACGAUCCUCACGACGGUGUUGCGACGAGCAGGAGGUGGAACUACGUCGGGGUCACGGUUGGCUGCGGCUACGACUUGGACAGAUCUCUCGUCUACUUCACACACAAUGGUGGCCAGCAGAUGACGACCGACUUUACGUUUCGUGCCGAUGGCCCGAUGCCUUCGACGACACCACACUUGUUUCCCGUGGUUGGAGCCGACUGUGACAUCACGGUGGUGGUGAACUUGGGCCAGACCGAGUUCAUGUUUGCGCCGGCAAACGCUGGCCGGUGUGUGGCAUUUGAAGGCGGUGGAAGUUUGGGUCAGGAGGAUGCGAGGGAAGGAAGAGAAGUAGCAGCACAGGCGGAGGUGGAUGUGCACGGCCAGCGUUUGAUCGUCCAGCAGGAAUGUCAGCAGCAGCAGCAGCAGCAGGAUGGUGAUGGAAGGCAAAGUUUUGGCGAUGGCGGGAAUGAUAGUAGCAGUGAUCCAGAGUCUGAGGUAUACUUUUCAGCUUUGGAGGAAGCUCCUGGCAGUUUUCUUCAAGCUUGAUCCUCUUUUGUUUCUCUCCUUUGUUUUAUUCACUUUUUCUCGGUA